AAUCAGUAACGUGGUUGCUACAAACCCCAAGGAUCACGCGUGUCAGCCCUGUGCUGGGACAGAGGGACGUGGCAUGCCAGUCUGGACGAUGCCAAUGUGCAUGUGGUGCUGUGCUUGUGAGAAGAAAGAGACAAUCUUGGACCAAAAGAGCCAGGACAGAGCAUGUCUGUCUGAAGAGGAAAAGUGGACAUGAAAAGGUGACAUGAUUCACCUUCAGUCAUGUAGCAGUUUGGUAGCAUCUCAAGGACAAGCAUACAUGUCUCUUAAUGUCCAGCCUGGUGUGUUACCUGUUUGAUCAUGCUGUAUCUGCAUCCCUCAGAGUAUCCAUGGUGCAUUGACUGGCGUCCUCUCCAGCACGGUGUUUUACUCUCCACUGUGAGACACGGUGUAUGUAAAUGUUGGGUUGCAGAAGAAGCAUAGUGACAGAUGAACAAUGUCGAAAUCUGGAAAUCAGCACCAGGCAGGAGGUAGCCAUGCCCCACCUGUACCAGGACUCGAAGCCGAGGCCACCGGCACUGCCCGGGGCUGCACGGGCCACCCAGGGCUCAGGGAAGUCCUACGAGGAGCUGAAGCGGGAGUGUCUGUGCAAGGGGAUUCUCUUCGAGGACCCCGACUUCCCCGCCUGCAGCUCUUCUCUCUUCUUUGGUGAAAAGCCACCUAUUCCCUUCAUCUGGAAGAGGCCCGGGGACAUUGUCAAAGACCCCAAGUUUAUCCUUGGAGGAGCCACAAGAACUGACAUUUGCCAGGGCGACCUUGGUGACUGUUGGCUAUUAGCAGCCAUAGCUUCUCUUACACUGAAUGAAAAAACGCUAGCAAGAGUGGUGCCACUGGAUCAAAAUUUUGGGCCAGAUUAUGCUGGAAUAUUUCACUUCCAGUUUUGGCAGCACAAUGAGUGGCUGGAUGUUGUGAUUGAUGACCGAUUACCCACCUUCAACGGCCGGCUGGUUUUCCUGCACUCAGCUGAACACAAUGAAUUCUGGAGUGCUUUACUAGAGAAAGCCUAUGCCAAGCUGAACGGCAGCUACGAGGCUCUGAAAGGAGGCAGUACAAUAGAAGCCAUGGAGGAUUUCACGGGGGGCGUAGGAGAAAUGUAUGAGGUCAAAAAGGCUCCCGACAAUUUCUAUGAAAUCCUAGAGAAAGCUCUGAAAAGGUGCUCAAUGGUGGGCUGCUCUAUUGAUACCAGCAGUGCUGCCGAGUCAGAAGCCAGAACCCCCUUUGGCCUUAUUAAGGGCCAUGCUUACUCCGUGACUGGCAUUGAUGAGGUGUGCUAUCGAGGACAGAAAGUGCAGCUCAUAAGGAUAAGGAAUCCUUGGGGACAGGUCGAGUGGAAUGGCCCUUGGAGUGACAACUCUCCGGAAUGGCAUUUGGUCAGCCCAUCGGAGCAGAAACGCCUAUCUCAGGCAGCAUUGGAUGAUGGAGAGUUCUGGAUGAAAUUUGAAGACUUCAAAGUGCAUUUUGACAAGGUUGAGAUCUGCAACCUGACUCCAGAUGCCCUGGAAGACAGCACAGCCCACAAAUGGGAGGUGACCAUCCACCAAGGAAGCUGGGUACGGGGAUCCACUGCAGGAGGAUGCAGGAAUUUUCUAGAGACUUUCUGGACAAAUCCACAAAUCAAGCUGCAUUUGACAGAGAAAGACGAUGGGCAAGAUGACUGCACAUUCAUAGCAGCACUGAUGCAAAAGGAUCGCCGUAAACUCAAGAAGUUUGGUGCUGAAAUGCUAACCAUUGGCUAUUCUAUUUAUGAGAGCCCCAGCAGAGAUGGACACCUCGGCAAAGACUUCUUCAGGUACCACCCCUCCAAGGCCAGGAGUAAAACCUACAUUAAUUUAAGGGAAGUAUCCAACCGAUUCAAGCUGCCACCAGGCGAUUACAUUCUUAUUCCAACCACGUUUGAGCCGCACCAAGAGGCAGAUUUCUGCCUGAGAAUUUUCUCCGAGAAGAAGGCUGUCACUGAGGAUCUAGAUGAAAACGUUGCCAUUGAUCUCCCUGAGCCUCCAAACCCAACCCCAAGCUCACAGGAAACUGAAGAAGAAAAGCAGUUCCGGGCACUGUUUGAGCAGAUUGCAGGAAAGGACAUGGAGGUAUCUGCAGAAGAACUUGAAUAUGUUCUCAAUGCUGUAUUAAAAAAAACUAAGAACAUAAAAUUCAAGAACUUGAGUAUAAUUUCAUGCCGAAAUAUAAUUUCUCUUAUGGAUACCAGUGGCAACGGGAAACUGGAAUUUAAUGAGUUCACAGUAUUCUGGGAAAAAAUGAAGAAAUGGAUAAAUAUCUUUCUUCAAUUUGAUUUUGAUAAAUCGGGCUCUAUGUCCUCCUAUGAGCUUCGCAGCGCUCUUAAAGCUGCAGGAUACCAACUCAACAACUAUCUGCUGCAACUGAUUGUCCUCCGAUACUCUGAUGAACAGUUCCAGAUUGAAUUUGAUGAUUUUCUGAACUGCUUAAUUCGCUUAGAGAAUGCAAGUCGAGUAUUCCAAGCACUGAGUGUGAAAAGCAAGGACUUCAUUAACCUGAAUAUAGGCGAGUUCAUCAACCUGGCAAUGAACAUUUGAAGAAACCUGACAUGUAUACUGGGAUUUCCUUGUGACAUCGCUGCUGAGACUUCUUCAACAGCUGAGGUCCUCUUCACAUGUAAACUUUACCAGGAUCUGUCGUGCAGAGGAGCACACAUGCUGUCCACCUUUUCUGGUCUCUAGCCCUGUUAUGUUGAUGAGUACAAUAGUCAGAUUGCAUUUUGGUUUUAUUUCUGAUAAAGCCUGAUACUGGAUUUGUUACUGUGAGAGGCAUUUGGAUGGGGCACACAUGCCUCAAGCAGGUUGAAAUGUGUGUCCCUGAGUGACCACAGGCUUUUAUGAAAUAGGAUUGUAUUUAGUUUCAGCACAGCACAGACUACAAGGAUUAAAAGUCUUUAUUACUGCUUGGCUACAGAUUACUGUAAGGUGCUUUUGAAAAUAUAAGACUGAAUAAAACUUCAUUCAGUUUAGAAUUUAUUCCCAGGAAUGCUGUGUGGCUACAUAACAAGUCUCCUGCCAUAGCCACAUGAAUUGCAGUCUGGUGAACUAGGGAAUGUGUGGAUGAAAAUUCAUCCCUGAAUAUUUAUGACAGAGGUCCCUCGUCCAGGCUUCCUUAGAAGGGUGCUUAAGCUAACAUCUGACGUUCAUCAGACAUUUAAAUUAGAGAAAAAUUGUUGCAUCUCACCUUCCCUUAGUCAUUCCUAUGCUGCCAACAAAAUUUCUUUGCUACACACUUCUUUCUGUGGCCAAAGAAUGUCUCACAAGCUGGUCUCUGCGGAGUUGCACACAACUUGUCUUUGUCUUCAGAGAAGCACUCAGACUCCAAGACAGUGAGCUCUUGUGUAGGGCUGUUUUCCCCCCAGGCGGUCCAAGAUUGUGUCCCACACCAACUCUGCUCCAGAAGAGCAACUAUAAUAAUUUGAGAUGAAUUAAAUGUAACCAUUGGUAAGGCCCUGAUCUCUAGAAAUAUUGCUAUUUUGCAUCUGUAACUUACAUAGUAUUAUUCAUGUGAUAUGAGUAGCCAGUGCUGACUUAAAAAAUAACAGUAAUAGUAACCAGGGACUUAAGAGGUCUUCAUAGGAUUUCUUUCCAUGAUUAUCUUCAUACCUUAUGUCCAUUUUAUAAUGAAUCAACUGUCUGGAUUUGUUUUCUAAAACCUUGCAGCCAAACAGCUGGUCCUAGAAUAGCCUUGCAUUCCCUACUGUCCAGGAUCACUGAUACAGCCGGGGUUUUGUUUGCUCUAGAUUCAGAUCUAAUGAGCAAUUCUGGAAGGAAAAUCAAGCUGCAGUAAAGGUGAAGUUCAAAUGAUGAAAAAACACAGGAAACACGAUGUUUAAAAUACCUACUUUAUUUUUUUUCUAACUAUUAUAAUCUUGUAGCUACACAGAAAAUGCUCUGGAGCUAACUGGCAGCUGAGCAAAAGCUAAUGGUUGCAGUAUUUGAUUAACCGAGGUACUCAGCCCCAUGAGGUGUAUUGAUUUUCCGAUGUGCUGAUUGUAUGCCCCUUUGAGAGCACUGGAGACAGCUGUCUAAAUUUGUGAAGGUCUGUAUUAAAAUCUAGACUGCCCCAUAAA